AUGGACGAGACGAGCCCGCUAGUCUCCCCACUGCGGGACUCCCACGAUUUCUCCCACUGUCCCACUGAGCCUCCGAUUCCCCGGGGCGCUUUCGGAGGGACGCCGGGGUCCGUGGUUCGUGUGCCUGCUGGAAGCCCUGGACGCAACCGAGAGCGACAGCCCCUGCUUGAACGGGAUAGAGGAAAUUCUCCGCGAGACCCCCAUAGUAACGAGUUUCCAGAAGAUCCUGAAUUUAGGGAAAUAAUCCGAAAAGCAGAACGUGCUAUAGAAGAAGGAAUUUUCCCAGAAAGAAUCUACCAAGGUUCCAGCGGCAGCUAUUUCGUUAAAGAUUCGCGGGGGAAGAUCAUUGGCGUGUUCAAGCCCAAGAACGAGGAGCCGUACGGUCAGCUCAACCCCAAAUGGACCAAGUGGCUGCAGAAGCUGUGCUGUCCGUGCUGUUUCGGGCGGGACUGCCUGGUGCUCAACCAGGGCUACCUCUCGGAGGCCGGCGCCAGCCUGGUGGACCAGAAACUCGAGCUCAACGUCGUCCCCAGGACCAAGGUGGUCUAUUUGGCCAGCGACACAUUCAACUACAGUGCCAUCGACCGGGUCAAGUCCCGGGGCAAGAGGCUGGCCCUCGAGAAGGUCCCGAAAGUGGGCCAGCGCUUCCACAGGAUAGGGCUCCCUCCUAAGGUGGGAUCUUUCCAAAUAUUUGUAGAAGGGUACAAAGAUGCAGAUUUCUGGUUGCGGCGUUUUGAGGCCGAGCCUCUGCCAGAAAACACCAACCGCCAACUGCAGCUACAGUUUGAGAGGCUGGUGGUUCUGGAUUACAUUAUCAGAAAUACUGAUCGAGGGAAUGACAACUGGCUUGUAAAAUACGACUGUCCAAUGGAUAUGGGAGGCGCUCGGGACACUGACUGGGUGUUGGUGAAGGAACCCAUUAUCAAACUAGCAGCCAUAGAUAAUGGCCUGGCCUUCCCCCUCAAACACCCCGAUUCCUGGAGAGCCUAUCCAUUCUACUGGGCCUGGCUGGCCCAGGCCAAAGUUCCCUUCUCUCAAGAAAUCCGGGAUCUGGUCCUGCCCAAAUUCUCAGACCCCAACUUCAUCAAAGACCUGGAGGAGGAUCUGUACGAGCUCUUUAAGAAAGACCCUGGUUUCGACAGGGGACAGUUCCACAAGCAGAUUGCUGUGAUGAGAGGCCAGAUCCUGAACCUGAGUCAGGCCCUGAAGGACGGGAAGACGCCCCUGCAGCUGGUGCAGAUGCCCCCUGUGAUCGUGGAGACUGCGCGGGCCCCCCAGCGGGCCAACAGCGAGUCCUACACGCAGAGCUUCCAGAGUCGAAGGCCCUUCUUCACCUGGUGGUAGCGAGGGUGUGUGGGGGCUCCCCCUGCAGGGCAGAACGGUGGCUGCGCCCUCUCCGGGCAGCGUGGGCAGGAGAGAGGGAGAGAACUGCGGGACGGCUCUCCCUUUUGCGCCUUGUGCCUUCCUUUUUGCGUAAAAGGUGAGGAGGAAGAGGGAGGAAGAGUUAAAGAGGCCGACACCCUCUCCGCAACAUGCACACACGCACACACUCUCAGACUGAAAUGCACACAGACACGGACACAUUUCCUGGCUGAAACCCUGUAGUUCUCAACAGGGCCUGUUUACAUUCCCAGAGACCUCCAGGUUACGAAGCAAAAAGUUUACCUUUUCAGUGCAAUCGCAAGAGUUGCAGUAGCCCCCCCGCGUGCAUGUCUCCUAUUGGCUGGCUUGCCUUGAUACCAGAUACCAGCUCAACCCUUCUGUGACGCUAGCCAAUCACAGGUCUCUUAAGAUGGUGGGGAAGAGGCAGGGGCACCAGUAGGCAAGCAGUCCAGAUGGUUAUGUGGAGGUGGAUUCUUCUAGAAUGACUGCUAAGCCCUCAACAGGAAGCGCUUACUUGCCUGCUGGGGGAGGGCUGCAUGCAAAAGCCCCAGUCGUGUGGUUGUUUUCUGUGGAAGUUGAUUGACGUGCCGUUGUACGGGCAUGAGAGGCGUGCCAUGCGAUGCCAGACUCAACGUUAGGGCCUUCAACUCAACACUGGCGCUCAUCCUGCUGAUUUCAAAAUGGUUUCCUUUCAUUUUUAAAGACUGUCAUGGACUUGCUGAUCGCCGAGACUGAGGAACGGGCAGACGUUCUUCCAAGACGUGCAUAGAUUAAAAAGAGUUUCAAUUGAAAUGCCAAAAAAAUAAAGUUACAUUUAUGUUCCAGGGAAAUUUAUAAUGGCUUCAUUAGGCAGUGAGGCUAAUUCUCUGGAAAGAUGCCUUUUGCUAAGUAUUUAAAAAAAAAAAAAAACCUAUCAAACGGAGAUGGUCACAAAAUUUGACUUUGGAAGACUUGUAGGAUAUAAAUUAUUUAAUGGAUAAACCGGUUUGCAAAGCUCAUUACCUCACUAUACUCAUGAAUAGGUGGUUAAUAAACGGUCCACUGGGCACAAUUAAAAUGGGUCCUAAUGUAUGUGGCUGGAAUAACCUGAGGCUCAGUUGGGUGAAUUAAAUGUUCUAGGUACUCCAGUUGCCCCCCCCUCUGUAGUGCUCAUUGCUGGGACCUCUGCCGUUGAUUUGGCAGAUCGCCAGCAAAGAACACGCUCUCCUAUAUAGUAUGCAAUACCGUGCACUACUUAUAAAACUGUGGCUUGCAAGUCGGAGGAAUGAGUGGAGAUGAGUUGGGAGAACACUUAAUGUACAGCUUAUCAUGGACUUGCAGGUGCCCGAUGGACCAGCAGGGGUCACUAGAGAGCGAUGAGACGCCGAUCCCUCCCUAACCCUGGGCAACGCUGCCGCCAAUGACGCAUUUCCUUAUGAGGCCCUCGGCCACAGUCAGCGCUGGUGUGGUCUGGUUUCGAAAUGAAUUAAAUUAAUUUAGCUUCUCAUGAUGAUCUCUGUUCUGAGUUACCUGAGUCCUGUUCUUCUCAGUCAUGCAGUAAUAGAGUUGGUUUCCUGUGCAGGGUUCUGUAAAAGGUCGUGGGGAGCCUGGGUCUUACCACACCGUUGGCAGAUUUCCGCCAUAAUGAAACACACCUAUGGCCCUUACUGAGAGAGGUCUGUCUGUCCCCUUCCUCUUUUGAAAACCGUCCUCUCUGAUUCAGUUACUCUUUCGUCACCGGUCAACUCUGUGCUCUGACUCCAUGUACAGUGCAUCUGCCUGUGUUGAAGCAGGAAGCAGGAAGCUGGUGUUGCCUGUGGGCCUGGACCCUGGCCCCCUGUUAUCAGAGCUCGUAUCACAGUACUGGGGUGGUGAAGUGACUGGAGGUGUGAUUUCAGAAGCUAGCAAGCUAACAAAAACGGGUAAUGUUUGAACCAGCAUGAGUCUAGCCGAAAACUGCAUCAGCUUCCUGUACAGGAAGAGGGUAGGGCUAGACUGUUGGGUGGAAGUGCUAAGCCUGUAGCAUACGGUGUACUCGUAGCCAGGGCUGUCAGCAGUGCUCUGGUGAUGUGCAUGUUUCAUACACUCCACCCAGCAACCAGCAAGGCGUAUCAAAGACCCAGCCUUGGGAGUGGCGAGUGUCCUAGAACACUGUAACAGUCAAUCUGUGAAGGAGGGUGAUGCUGAAUCACUGGAUUACCCACAGUUCCCUCUGGCUAAUGUACUCAGUGAUUAUUCCCCCCCCCCCCCCCCCCUUUUUCUUUGGUCUGUCAACUGGAUUAAAAAACAUUUUUUACUACAUAUGUAGCUACCAAACAGACCACAACUGAACUGUAUUGUCCUGACAAUGCACUGUAUAAUUUGUAUGUAAUGUAUUUAAUGAAAGAAAUGCAUAUAACAAAGAUAUUCAUUUAACAGUU